UUUACCAUUGUUAAAGGUAUACCAUUGUUAGAGGCACAGACUUAACAGGGAGGAAUGAAUAAUUAAAUAGUCAUUCUAUUUUACGAGGGUCACGAUAGCAGCAAAUACGCAUUAUUUACGAGCGUCAUUCCGAUAAAUUUUUAUGACCGAAAGGAGGUAGGAGUAUACACGUCAAUUUCAAUCAUUCAACAAACUUCUCUUCCAUUCUUCACUUGUCAGUCGUACAUACAGCUGUGUAAUAUCGAUGCCAUUUUUCAUUUUACUAUGAACAAAACGACGAUAGAAAAAACGUAUCUGAAAGUAGUGAAGACAUGCAGUAUGAUCGCCGGAAUUUGGCCUGAUCAGAGUAAAUUUUCGAAACUGUUCACACGAAUAAUUAUAUAUAUCAUUAGUUUGUUAUCGCUUGUUACACAGAUGGCAAACGUAAUAUGUUUCUUUAGCGUAAAUACGCUAAUAGAGCAGGUGUGUUUUUUUAAUGCGAUACUCGGGGCACUGAUAAAACAAGGGAAUUACAUUAUCAACGCUGCAGAGUACAAGAUGUUAUUUAACGCUAUUUGGAAGGAUUGGUCAACCGAUAGACUAAAUGAUGAAUUGGAUAUUAUGUUCGAGUAUGCCAAAAAGGGAGCAUUCUUUUCUUGGUUGUAUUUCGGUAGGAUAAAUCAUAUUGAAACUUCGUCUUUUUAUUCAUUAUAAUUAUAAUUCAUUCUACACAUCGUUGCAAUCAAUUUACAGGAGUUUGCAUUUGCUGUGCUAUAAGUUUUAUUCAAUUAUCUUUGACGCCAAUUAUUUUGGAUAUAAUUUCACCAAUGAACGAAACGCGAGAUUUAAUGUACAUUUUUCCAGCUUAUUAUUAUGUCAAUGACCAAAUGUAUCGUACAUUUAUAAGCUUCCAUAUGAUAUGUACGAUUGUUUCAACAUGUCUCGUGUAUAUUGGCUGCGAUACGAGUUACAUGUACAUUGUACAACACGCUUGUGGUCAGUUAGCAGUGGCUAGGUAAAAAAAGAAAUAUCACUUCGAUCAAAUAAUUUUAGUUUGGAAUUGCAAGGAAUAUACAUUUUUUCUCAGACAUCGUUUCAAGAAUGCGAUUUUAGAUUUUUCUAUUGUCAGUGAAACGAGUGUCGUGCAGGAUAAGAUUUACGAAAGAGUGGUUCAUUCGAUUCGAGGACAUCAAUAUGCUACAAAGUCAGUACUACAAUUGCCAAAAUAUUUCUUAGCUAACCAUUUUUAGCUUAUUUUUUAUUCCCUUCAAACAUAUUUCCAAUAAUCUUA